AUGCAUUUCCUCUCAAGCCUCACCGCUCUGGCGCUGGCCAGCCUCGGCAGCUGCCAGCUGCAAAGGGUCAAUGACUUCAGGGCCGGCCCCACGAACGUGGGCAUGUUUGUCUACGUGCCCAGGAACCUCAAGACUCCGGCGCCCAUCGUCGUCGCCAUCCACCACUGCCAGGGCUCUGCGCAGGGGUACUCGACCGAGACCCACUACAUGCCCCUGGCCGACCAGCACAACUUCAUGCUGAUCUACCCCAACUCUAAGUCAGGAGGCGGCUGCUUCGAUGUUGCCUCGACUGCCAGCCUCACCCACGACGGCGGCGGCGACAGCCAGACCAUCGCCAACAUGGUCAAGCACGCCGUCGACAAGUACGGCGGCGACGCGAACCGCACCUUCGUCACGGGCUCCAGCUCGGGCGCCAUGAUGACCAACGUCAUGGUCGGCGCCUACCCGGACGUCUUCAAGGCCGGGUCCGUCUACUCGGGCGUGCCGGACGGCUGCUUCUUCGUCCAGGGCGCGACGGCCACGCAGGACCCGCCGGGAUGGGCCAACGCCUGCGCCAACGGCCAGCUGACCAAGUCGGCCCAGCAGUGGGGCGACAUGGUCCGGGGCUACUACAAGGGCUACACGGGCGCCCGUCCCCGGAUGCAGAUCUGGCACGGCACCGCCGAUACCACGCUCCGCUACCCCAACUACCAGGAGACGCUCAAGCAGUGGUCCAAUGUCUUUGGCCUGACCACCAAGAAGGACACUGCCAACACCCCUCAGGCUGGCUAUACCCAGACCAUCUACGGCGACGGAACCGCCACGACUGCUCAGCUUGUUGGGUACAGCGGCCAGGGUGUUGGUCACACCGUCCCCGUGCACGAGACGAUGGAUCUUCAGUUCUUCGGUAUCAUCAUUCCCAAAGUUCCUGAUGUUGCUCAUGCCAUUCACGAUUUCUCACCGUUCACUCUCUUCAUUAGACAUCGCGCCCGUGUAGACAUCGCCAUGAAGCUGAUCGUGACAGGCGCGACCGGUUAUGUCGGCAGCGAGCUGAUUCGGCAGAGCCUGCGCGUGCCGGAGAUUACUUCUGUCAUCGCCUUGGCCCGCAAGCCUGUCCAGGUUCCAGACAAGCUCUUGGAGGGCUCGGAUCCCAGCAAGCUGAAGAGCGUCGUCAUCGAGGACUAUGGGAAAUACCCCGACGAGGUGAAGAAGGAGUUUGAGGAUGCCGAUGCGUGCAUAUGGACUGUCGCCAUCACACCAACCAAAUCGUCCGGCUUCAGCUGGGACUACGUCACGUAUGUGUGCCAGCAAUGCCCGCUCGCUGGGAUGAAAGCCAUGCACGAGUCAACAGCCUCGCGGCCAUUCCGUUUCCUGUACAUCAGCGGUGCUGGCUCCGAGCGUGACCAAACCAAGACGCCUAAGUACCAAGCAAAGUACUCAUUGAUGAGGGUAAGGCUCCUUUCCCUCGAUAUUCUUGAUACUGGGACAUUCAUUGACUGGAGACAUCUCGUUCAGGGCGCAACGGAGACGAAGGUGCUCGAGUACGCCGCCCAGCAUCCAGGCGAGGUGGAAGCCAUGAUUGCCAGGCCCGCUUUCAUCACAGGACCUCUUUGGCGCAACAUUGUGAUUUACAUGGCUGCCCUUAUUAUCCCCAUGCCGAAAGUUAGUCUUGUUGAUCUUUCCAAGACGCUGUUGCAUCAUGCAGUUCACGGCUCCAAGAAGGAUACGCUAGAGGGCGAUGACUUGGACGGCACGGCAUCAAGUUGA